CAUUAGGAUUAGGAUUAGGAUUAGCUGGAACUUGAUCAUCUCCCCGACACAACAGACAUGAAGUUUCUCUUCCUGAAGAAAAGCUCCACACGUUUCUAUAGCAACGCGUGUCUGGCACUGGCGCUGACCGCGUCCCUGCUCCUCCAUGACGUCACAGCGCGAGCCAGGCUGAUCGAGCCGCCAAUGAGAUCCAGCUACUGGCGGGAGGGCGUGCCGGAGGCUGCCGUCAACUCACACGACGAACUGCUCAACUGUGGCGGGUAUGAGUACCAGUGGACCCGGGGAAAGGGCAAGUGUGGGGCCUGUGGGGACCGCUUUGACGGGUUCCUGGAGAACGAGUACCCGGGCAAGUACUCGAUGGUGCCGCCCCAGAGGGUCUACACCAGCGGCGGCGAGAUGAACGUCACCGUCUACACCAACGCCAACAUGCUGGGCUACUUCGUCUUUCGUCUGUGUACAAGCAGGGACGGGCCACAUCUGCUCGACCUCAACGAAUGUUUCACUAGAAUGAACCCACUGAUUAUCAAAGAAACAAAGACAGACAGAUACUACCCAGGAAGUAAGAAAGGUUUCCACGACCUCCACGUCAUCCUACCCAAGACAGACUGUGACCAGUGUAUACUACAGUGGACAUACGUCACAGGGUACAGAGAACACAGCCCCAAGCCCAACUGUGAGGCGUGUCUAGGCUGUGGGCCCCAGGAGACCUACGUCAACUGUGCUGAUAUAUCGAUCCUCCGUGAGGGCGCCACAUCAGUCACUGACCCAGAGAGUGUGCCCCCAGCUCGCCCCAUCAUCACGACCACCACCACCACCACCAUCAGCACCACCAGACGGCCUGCAGCCAGCACCACAACUCCCAGGUCAACGACCUCACAGCUGACCCGACCAGCCUCCACCCCCAAGACAACCACCCGGGCGCCAGACAGCCCCGCGUCGUGCAGCCCCAUGGCGCCCCACGUCGUCUGCGAGCCCCGCGGCAUCCACAAACUGAUCGCAGAGAUGGACACCUGGUGCCUGAGAACCUGCCAGUCCGGACGGUGCCGGGCCGACUUCUGCUCCUGCUACUGCAAGUACCCGACCUACAAGAUUUACAUCGAGCCAGCGGCCUUCGACUACAUCGCCUCGCUCAAACAUCCGUCCUCAGCCGCGGCAGUACCCAGCAUGACCCCCAUGUCCAGCAAACACUUGUGCUACAAGGCCACGCCCCUGUGGAGUAAAACCCCCGGGCUGAACGGCUGGUGCUCUUACAACUGUCCCAGUGAGUGGUGUGAGGACAUGUGCUCACUACAAGUUUGUCCUUGA